CUGUACCUCUGGCUCUCACUGCUUCCGAUAUAAUGGAAAGAUCCACACACUACUACAUCUCAAGGGGAGCUUCGCUAGCUACCUUAUACUUUUUCUGUAUCGGCAUUUGUAAUCCAUCUGUCUAUUCUUCCGCCAGCAUAACAUGGGAAUGAUAUCAUCUCAACGUCAUCCGCUCACUUGUCUUAAGUGAAAGUCUUUUUCAGAACAUCUCUGUUCCAUUAUUGUACGAUAUCUUUUCCAGGUCUUGAUAUCUGACUUGUCCCCCAUUUCCUUUCCAAUCACUAGCGCUGAUCUUUGAUCCGCUCCUAUCCCUAUUUACGAGUACGUCGGCCCUCCUGGUUCCAUUGUCUGCUUUGAAUCUACGAACGUAGCGACCAUGAAAGCCGUCGUCUAUCGCUCGAAGCAAGCCGUAGUGGAGGACCGCCCUGUCCCGAAGCUGCGCGAUGAUUAUGUUCUGGUCAAGGUCGUCGCUGUCGCUCUCAACCCGACCGACUGGAAGCAUGUUGCAGGCGAGAUGCCAGCCGAGGGCGGCUUGAUAGGCUGCGACUUCUCCGGCAUCGUGGAGGAAGUGGGCUCUGCCGUGACCAAGCCAUGGUCCAAGGGCGACAAGAUCCUGGGCGUCGCUCACGGCGGCAACUUCGUGCAGCCCGACGACGGCGCUUUCGCGGAGUACAUCGUGGCCAAGGGCGAUGUGCAGAUCAAGAAGCCGGACAACCUGAGCUUCGAACAAGCUGCCACCGUGCCCCUGGGGGCGACGACGGUCGGCCAGGGCUUGUACCAGAAGGCGUUGAAACUCAACUUGCCGACCGACCCGAUCAAGGAGAAGACCUACGUUCUUAUCUAUGCUGGAAGCACGGCGACCGGUGCCCUGGCGAUCCAAUACGCUACUUUGUCGGGAUAUAGCGUGAUAACAACCUGCUCACCGCGCAAUUUUGGGUAUGUCAAGAGUCUCGGCGCGACCGAGGCGUUCGACUACAACGACCCCGAGGCGGCCCGAAAGAUCCGCGAGUUGACGGGCAACAAGCUCAAAUACGCGUGGGACACGAUCAGCGAAGGCCCAUCCGCGCAAUUCUGUGCCGACGCCCUCUCAAGCGAGAAGGGCGCGGGAUGUCGGUACGGCGCGAUUUUGCCGGUCAAGUUCCCGCGCGACGACGUCGAGAGCACGUCGACGCUGAUGUACACCGUCUUUGGAGAGGCGUUUGACUUCCGCGGCACCCAGAUCCCCAGUGUUCCGGACGACUUUGAGUUCGCCAAGAAGUUCAUGGGCAUCACGGAGCAAUUGCUGGCCGAGGGGAAGUUGAAGCCGCAUGCUGAGAAGGUGGGCAAGGGUGGACUCCAGGGGGUGUUGCAGGGCCUCGAGGAUCUCAAGACCGGCAAGGUCAGUGGGAGUAAGCUGGUUUAUAAGGUUGAGGAGACUUCGUAAGAUAGGAGGAGAGGACCGGGUAGAUGUUUCUGGGCCGAUUCAGCAUCUUUGCAGGAUGGUAGAGUAGCGGAUUUUGAGCUCAAAAGUGAUGGGAAGCAAGAAAAUGAGGCCUGCCAUGGCUAGGUACAGAGCCUGCGCUUAUUUAGAUGGCAGUGCAAAACAUGAAGACACCGAGGAAAGCUUCUCGGAGACUGAGACUGUCGAGCGUGAUAAUCGCUCGAUCAUCUGUGCUAGGUUAUGUUGUCCACGGUCAAUGCAG